AUGCCUGUCCAAAAAGGAGAUCGAAUCUAUAUUCCACCACGGAACUACAACCAACGAGUUCUUCGAGUGAAGUGGACCGACUGGUUCAGAGAAUAUUCCGCCAACUAUGUGGGCGUCACUGCCAAGAAUCAAACACAACAGAACGAAGAUAUUCAACUCUUUCUAGCAGAAGACUGGUAUGAUUAUGAACAUCUCUCUGCCGCUGCUGCACGAGAGCUCCCACCUCCAGGCGGCUGGCUGAUAGACGUAACCGACCGCUUUCAAUACGGGAACUUUAAUACUCGAGAAGGACAGCAGCGAUUCCUGGUUUUUCACGACAAAGAUAACCGAAGUCCCUAUCAACACAUGUUCGUCGAGAAUGGCCAACACGUCAUGACACAACGGAUGAACAACAUGAUGCAGAGUGUGAUACCAGGAUUUCUCGAAGGACUGUCCCGUUCGGCUGGGCCAGACGUGUUGAGCACGCAGUUUGGAGACUUUCUGAAUGACUUUUGA